AUGUCGCUCCUGGGGCCUUUCAACACCAACGUCACCACUACUACCUAUGAUGUGGUGGAAACUAAUAUGGCGACUACAGAAGGCCGCCGAUAUUAUCCCGCAGGCAGCAUAAGCACCGAUGACACUACUCUUAAGAAAGCUAAUGAGAUUAGACAUAAGGACUUUAUUGAGGCUGAGGUUACUCAUCUGGCCCAACAACUUACCCGUCAAUCAACGGGUUCUUCUAUCUCGACUAACACCAACGAAAACAUAUUUGUGGUAGCCAAAGAGUACUCAACCCUGAACCCAUAUAGUAAGAACUUCAAGGCUGAGUAUUGGAUGAAGAACAUUUUGGUAAUCACCUCCUGCGACCCUAACAACUAUCUGCAGCGCUAG